GCAUGCGUUAAAUAUCUAGUGGGGGGAGUUUGAACGAGCAGACAGAGAGAGGAAUGGCUUUGUGGAGCUUGGUGACCUGGCAGAGUGUGCUGGGCACGGCAGCCGCUGCUCUGGGAGCUGCCAUUCUGGUAGCAAACUCACCACUUGCCGUGCCUAAACGGGAGCCGUUCUCAUUGGCCGGCCUGCGAGGUGCGGUGUUGACGGCUCUGGACGGCAGCGGGCGAGAGGUGAAGGCGGAGGAGCUGUGGAGAGAGAGAGGCGCCGUCAUCAUGGUCGUCCGUAGACCUGGAUGA